AACCGCUCUAAUACGCCGAGCAUUGCUGAGAGCACUACAUCUGGGAGUUUUAUGAUCGACGGAAACCUCACUGAACCGAAUUCCCUGAGCGAACCACUGCUGGAUAGGCCUCCCUUAGAGAAAUCCGGAAGUUUUCCGUCAGUUAUGUCCGAUAAUAUCGAUAAGUCGUUUCCUAUGGACGAGAAACCGAUACUUCUUGGACAGACAUCCGAACAGAAUUCUGUGGACAAGGCCUCCGAGGCUACCGGUGCCGUUGAACCGAAAACUGAUGCAAAUAUUGUUGAUAUAACGGCUGAUAGUGUCCCACAAAGUGUGACCAAAGAGUUACCACUGAAUGAGAGCUCAAAACUCAUUACAAUUAGCAAUAAUAGCUCCGAAACAUCGAAGGAUUGGCUGAAGCCGUCCGAAGAAUUACCAGAAGUGGAACUGUUUGACAAACAACUGGACGAAUCGGUCCAUAAACGAAGGACUCAUUUAACGAAAUCGCGGACCGAGUCGUGCGAUUUGGGUCGACCCGUGUUUCCGUACGAAAUCCCGCGACAACGGAGAUCCCGAUCCCUUAGCAAAAGUCCCGACAAAUCAAUGGUUAGGCCGCACAGCGGUCGCACCCACUCGUGCGGUCGCCACCACUAUCAGUGCCGACAGUGCGGCGCCGGUGUGUCUGAGCCGCCGCCUACCGUACCCUCGCUUACCAUCAAUAAAAACGUAUUUUCGCUGCAAAACUUCAAAUCAUUUUCAAUCGACACGACAUAUCAUAACAGUCUGGCCGACGACGACGAAGACCUCGGUAUUCAUACGGAGAGUUAUCGGUCGGCGCUCUGGCUAUAUGUGGGCCGUAAGGAUGAGCUGAUAGUAUGGGGCCAUAAGUGCCAUAAGAAGUCUCGUAAGAGUAGUAAUAAUGAGAAACUGAACGGCAGUUCACCGCAAAAGCUGGUCAGAUGUGACUCCAAUGAGUCGACACUAUCGGAGCGACAGUUCCGGCGGCAGUACGAGUCGGUCACCCAUAGGAUGAUCCACAGGAGGGCCUCCAUUGAAAUGUACAAACGAGCCAUUAAUAAGACAUUUGAAAAGGAGAUAAUUAUCCACAGAAUUAACAACGAAUUUGGGUUCAGAAUCCAUGGCUCGCGUCCGGUAGUGGUCUCGGCCAUAGAAAAGGACACUCCGGCCGAGACGUGUGGUCUGGAUGUGGGCGAUAUAGUGGUCACCAUAAACGGAUCCAAUGUGAUGGAUGCGUCGCACUCGGAUGUGGUCAAACUGGCGCACUCGGGCGCCGACACACUCACACUGGAAGUGGUGUCCACUCGGGCGGCACUAAACGGCACCGAAAUGAACGGCGAGUCGUCGUCGACGGACUCCAACACCGCUUACGAUAUCGUUAUGAAUGGAUAUCUCACGAGAGUUAGAGUGACCAACGAUUCCGACUCCCAGUCCACCCAAACCAGGAACAGAUGGUUUGCUCUCAAGACAGACAACUGUCUCUAUUGGUAUAAAUCCACGAAAGAAAUGGAUCCGUUGGGAGUGUUAUGCCUUCAGGGCUAUACAUCGUGUUUGGCUCCAGAGCUUACUGUCCAACAGCCCUAUGCCUUCAAAUUAGCCAAACCGGGCGCCGGUAUUAAAUAUUUGGCCGCAAAGGACAGCGAGACUGUGAACCAAUGGGUGGACGCUAUCAACCAAAGGGCUUUCCGUUUGAAUAAAGCGGAUCCGUACGUAGAGAUGGCACUGAAGAACGUCACCAAAAGUGUGUCGGGAAUGGGAACCGCGGGCGCCGACUGUUCGGGAUAUUUGGCAAUCUUUAGUCAGCGCCGGAAGUGUUGGCGGAACCGGUAUUUUGUGCUCAAAGACGCCUCACUUUACUUCUACUACGACUCCAACGCCAAGACAUCACUCGGUAUGCGAUACUACAGUCCA